CCGUGCUCUCAUGUGCACGCUAGCGGAGCUUCUGGCCGAGCGUCAUUUCCGGGCCCCCGAAUGAUUAUCCCUAGUGACACAGACACCCCUGCGAAGCAGAUGAAUGUACUCGAGGAGGCCCAGAAAGAGUGCGAGGCAGACGACCGCAGCACCCCGUCUGCUGAAGGCCUGACCUGCCCGCAGACGUGGGAUGGAUUGAUGUGCUGGAGGGCAACGCCAGCGGGAACAGUGGCCCGAGUGCAGUGCCCGAGUUAUGUCUUCGGCUUCAAUGCAGCAGAAGUCGCCACAAAGAAAUGCUUGGAGAACGGCACGUGGUUUUUCAGCCCAUCCCAGAACCGGACGUGGACGAACUACUCUCGCUGCGGAACUGAUCAAUACAUGCAUUCGGAGAACAUAUCUAUUUUUGAACCUCACCUGUCUACCAUUAAGCUCAUCUCGAAAAUUGGCUACAGCGUAUCGUUGGCUGGCCUAAUCGCUGCGUUCGUGAUACUGGCGUCUAUCAAGCGGCUGCGGUGCCCACGUAACAGCCUGCACAUGCAUCUCUUCGUGUCCUUCAUCCUGCGGGCGCUCGCUUUCCUCCUCAAGGACGCACUGUUUAUCGAGGGCGUCGGACUGACCGGAAACGUCGACUUCACCAAAGAGAACGUGGACUGUAAGGUGUUCACCAGCUUCUGGCAUUACGUGCUCAUGGCCAACUACUGCUGGAUUCUCAUGGAGGGCCUCUACCUGCACAGCCUUGUGUUUCUCGCCUUCUUCACGGACAGCUCCAGCAUACUGCGUUACGUAGCCCUCGGAUGGGGUCUUCCAGUCCUGUUCAUUGUUCCUUGGGUUGUUGUUAGAGCGACACUGGAUGACACUCUCUGCUGGACAACCAACCCAAGGCAAGACUUGUUCUGGAUCAUACGUGGACCAAUCACGGCUUCCAUUCUGGUGAACUUCAUAUUGUUCCUCAACAUUACACGUGUGUUGUUCGCCAAACUGUUUGCCUCUCAAACACCGCAAGCAAGGAAAUACCGGUACAGAAAGUGGUUCAAGUCGACGCUUGUCCUGGUGCCUUUGUUCGGUGCUCACUACGCAUUUCUGCUGGGCAUGUCGCUGGCUGCUGCUGGGGACCUGCUCGAACUGGUGUGGCUGUACGUCGAUCAACUAUUCUCAUCUUUCCAGGGUUUCGUGGUGGCGUUGCUGUACUGCUUCUUGAACGGCGAGGUGCAGACAGAGCUUCGCAAGUUGAUUGAGAGAUGGCGCUGCGACAACCAAGGACCCGGCCGAGGCGACAAGCAGCUUCAGCAUCGUCACUCUCUCUUCACGCAAUCUGUGACGUUCCUCAGCAGAGGUCGGAGUUCCAUCCAAUCAUUGCACUCCAUGGACAGGACCAAGAGCCCUUCUCCCAAUCUUGCGAACAGCGGACGACAGUUUGAAGGGGAAGGAACGCCUGCGAAUCAGCGCAAUGGGAGACAUGCCCUGGAGCACACCCGAGGACAACCUCCUUGAGAAGGAAACCUGUCUUUAAGCGAUCAGGGACGCGUUCAGGGACGAUUGCUGUGUUUAAUCGCGUGACGUGUGGCCAUUGAGUGACCGUCAAUAUUGUUAUGGAAGGCGAUGCUCCGUAGCCGGGCAAGUUUCCUAAUAAAACUAUGGGUCACGCAAACCACCUGCCAUUCUGGUCGCGAAGGGUUACGAAUAUCGGCCCACUUUGCUGACCAGACCCCGAACAUGGGGCCAUGCACACCACGUGUUCCGCCCGACGUUUACUGCGUGAUUCCGUAAAUUGGUGCACGUGACCGAGGGUGCACGGUUGAUGGUUCUCUUGUUAGGCCAGAGUGGGCACAGCUGCUGAGGUGACCGCAAGAUGAGCAGGAAAACUCCCUCGUGCAGUUGGUAGCUUACCCCAGAUUUUUUUUUUCUGCACUGAUCGUCAACAGGCGUUGUGUCCAAGAGCCGAGCCAGUGUGAAGUUAAUGUGGUUUCUACAAGUCAACAAUACGUGUGUCUUCGGCAAGAGUCCACUCACUGACAAUAGAAGACCGUGUUUCGUGUUCUGUUUUCUCAUUCCAUAGUGCGUUCUCCGGUGUAUGCAAACGAAUGUAUUUGUGCCCAGCCUCUUUGCGGUAGAAGGAGUAAACUACUAGGAAAUAAACAGAAAUGUGCUUCUCGCAGCCAGUAUUUUCAUACAAUGGAAGUCAUCAAUACUUGCACCGUGGAUGCCGAGGGAAAAUAAUCCGACGUUGUAGUGCAGCAGAAUCCUUGAGCUCAAAUUUCCUCCGAUUACCAUGUGUACAUAAAGAAACUGUAAAUUCCAGAAAAUUUCAUUGGCGCACUGUUUUUCACAUAUUCAUAAUCAUUGUAUG